CGAGCAGCAAGUGAUGGGGAUACUCAAGGCAGCGCAAGCUGGUACGCCCGUGCCCAACCUGUGCCGAGAAUAUGGCAUAAGCAGUGCGACAUUUUAUAAGUGGAGAGCCAAGUUUGGCGGCAUGGAUGCCAGCAUGAUAAGCCGCUUGCGCGAGUUGGAGCGAGAAAAUGCGCGGCUUAAAAAAAUGUAUGCUGAGGCACAGAUGGACGCACAGAUACUCAAGGAGGUGGCGCAAGAGCUACAAACAGAACACGGAUUAAGUGUACGCAAAAGCUGCAAACUGGCUGGAAUAAGCCAAACUUACUGGAAUUACGCUCCCACAAACAGUGCGGCAAACGAAGCACUGGCCGCAGCACUUCGUGCUUUGGCGCAUGAGCACAAAACCUGGGGUUUUAUGCUCAUGUUUAUGAAUUUAAGGCACGUACAGCACCAACCCUGGAAUCACAAAAGGGUGUACCGGAUAUAUUGCCGUGAACAGCUAAACCUGCGCAUCAAGCCACGCAAGCGGCUGGACAGAGACAAGCCAGAAAAGCUGCAAACACCAGCCAAGCCCGAUACCGUUUGGUCUAUAGACUUUAUGCAUGACAAUUUGAGCGAUGGGCGUGGUUUGCGUAGCCUAAAUGUGUUGGACGACUUUAACCGUGAGCUGCUGGGCGCAGAACUGGACUUGAGCCUGCCUGCCAGCCGAGUGAUUAAAACCCUCAAACAGAUAAUGGAGUGGCGGGGCAAACCCACCGUGAUAAGGAGUGAUAACGGCCCUGAGUUCAUCAGCCACAGCAUCCAAAAAUGGGCUGCAAAACAAGGCAUAGUGUGGUGGUUUAUCCAGCCUGGCAAUCCACAGCAAAAUGCGGGGGUAUUACCCAUCCGCAGCAAGGCGGGCAACAAGCUGCGCAUGGGGGAUGAACGCGGUAACGAACACAUUAAACUGGCCACCCCGCACGGUGCUACCCAGCUUAACAUGGGUGCUUUGGUGGGGCAGGGGGAGAAGGCUAACCCCAACCCUGUAGGGGCGAAUGACUCUCUCCCUCCCCCAGCGGGGGAGGGCUGGGGUGGGGGAGCGAACAAAGCCAAUGUCUACUUCCCGCCGCACGUAGUGCGUGGCAGCGGGUGGGAGCUUAGGAGUGACCUGCACAGCAGUGUACGCAGUGGCAAUUUAAUGCUGAUAAGCACCUAUCCAGCCAACCCCGCAGAGCCGGGGGAUACAGGCAAGGUGCAAUACAGCCAGGGUGAGCAGCAAAGUAUAGAUAAUCUGCUGGCCUGGAGCGGCAACCGCAGCAAGGCGGCAGAGCAGGUAGGGGCCAGGCCCUACAACACCGUAGCCCGGGCAGAUGUCAGCAAGGCCAACCUUAAAACCGCACAAAGUACCGUUACCCCAGACAAGGGGGAUGAUGCGCAAGCGCACCUGGUACUCUCAGCCCAGGCCGGGCAGCUUAAUGCCACGCCUGCCAGCAUGGUCUACAGUGCAGGGCUGCACCUGGGGCUGCACAGCGCGGGCGAUAUGGAUGUACUCAGUGGUGGCACAGUACAAUUUACUGCCAAAAACGGCAUGUUUACGCACGUAGAGAGCGGCGGCAGCAAAAUCUUUGUCAAUCAGGGCGAUAUGGUUACCCAUGCCAACCAGGGCAGCAUUAUUUACAAAAUCAAGGGCAACCUGCAUUUGGAGAGCAAGAACGGCAACGUCAGUGUCAAGUCAGGCGACACCACUUUAAUGAUUACCAAGGAUGGGCAUAUCGGUGGCAAGGGUGCU